AGGCUGCAGGAGGGCGGUAGGUAGGUGGCCGUCUUGUGCUAAGCAAGCAAUCCACGCCCAACCUGCGAGCCUCGCUUCCCCAGGCUGGCAAAGCAGGACGGUGCCGCCCAAGCUGCCCCAGAGGGGAAGGCGGAGGCGGGAAAGGAGCAGCAUGGCGUGCUUUAGCGGCGAGUACGUGGUUUCUGAGGAUGGGUUACCUGAACCAAGAAAGUGGCAACCAUUGAAGUGCAGGAAGUGUACGGACUCUCUUUGGCUUAUGUUAUUCUUUCUCUUUUGGGCAGGUUUGAUGUUUAUAACUGGCUACGCUAUAACAGCUGGAGCUGCAGAAAGGCUUGUGUUUGGGUAUGACAGCUAUGGAAACAUAUGUGGUCGGAAGAACACUCCUGUACUAGGUGCACCUUUGUCAGGACAGGACAUGACAAACAAAAAAUUUGUAUUCUUUUUGAAUUCCUGUAACUUGGAAAUCAAAAAUCUUAAGAUAAACUCAAUUGCAUUGUGUGUAUCAAGUUGUCCACAAGAGCAGCUUAAUUCCUUGGAAGACAUUCAGCUUUUUGCAGAUAAUAAUGGUUCUUGCCUUUGUGUUUACAAUCCGAACACUACUGGUUGUAUACAUAAUCCCAGAGCUGCUGGGUUUUGUCCCACCUUACCAGUUCCACCCAGUGUCUCUUUCCCAUUAUUUAACCGAUGUGUUCCACAAAAUGCUGAAUGCUAUUCCCAUUUUGCACCUGUAUUAAUAGACGUGGUUAAUGAAGUGGAUAUUUUUCAUCGUGUUCUAAGCGCGAUAAUGGCAGGAAGAGAAACUGUAAUAGGAUUGUGUAUCCUUGCGCUCUCCUUCUCUACAAUAGUGAUGUUAAUCUUCAGAUUUAUCAGCAUACUUCUGAUCCACAUUUUUCUUACACUGGUUGUGUUUGGAUUAUUGUUUGUUUCGGGUAUUAUGUGGUGGCUGUACUGUAAUUACACCAGUGAGCCCAGCAUAGAACUAGAAAUUGAAAAGGAAAAUAUGAAAUUAUUAUUGGGAUUUUCCAUCUUGUCUACAAUUAUAACGGUUAUACUACUAUUCCUGAUACUGAUACUAAGAAAGAGGAUUCAGAGGACUAUACAACUCUUUCAAGUUGCCAGUAAAAUAAUCAGCAAUAUUCCUUCAUUGCUUUUUCAGCCUCUUUGGACUUUUAUUAUUCUUAUUUUCUUCUGGGUAUACUGGGUUGCUGUGUUACUUAGCUUAGGAACUGCAGGUAAUGCUCAAGUUAUUUCAAGAGGCCAAGUAGAAUACAAAAUCCUUUUUGGCAUUCGCUACAUGUGGUGGUAUCACUUAGUUGGUCUAAUAUGGACAAAUGAAUUCAUUCUCGCUUGUCAACAUAUGACUGUUGCUGGGGCAGUGGUUACUUUCUUCUUCAAUCGAAAUAAGAGUAAACCACCAAGUCAUCCGGUCUUAUCUUCCAUAUCAAUUCUUUUUUGUUAUCAUCUGGGAACAGUUGUGAAAGGUUCCUUUUUAAUCACAAUAGUGAGAAUCCCAAGGAUUAUUCUAUUGUCUGUUUAUAACAUCCUGAAAGAAAAGGAAAAUGCAUGUGCAAAGUGCAUGUUCAGAUGCUGUUCUUUCUGUUUCUGGUGCCUAGAAAGAGGACUGAGAUGUUUAAAUCAGAAUGCAUAUACAGCAACAGCCAUAAAUGGGACAAAUUUUUGUACCUCAGCCAAAGAUGCAGUUGUUAUUUUAGCAAAGAGCUCAACUAAUACCAUGGCAAUCAACUGCUUUGGUGAUUUUAUUAUCUUUCUAGGAAAGAUAUUUGUGGUGUGCUUCACAGUUUUUGGUGGUUUGAUGGCAUUUAACUUCCACCGUGAACUACGUGUCUGGGUCGUUCCACUGCUGCUCGUUGCACUUUUUGCUUACCUGGUUGCUCACAGCUUCUUAUCGGUAUUUGAAACCAUAAUAGAUGCCCUGUUCCUUUGCUUUGCUAUUGACAUAGAAACAAAUGAUGGGUCUCAAGAAAAGCCAUACUUCAUGGACCAAGAAUUAAUGAAUUUUGUCUAUCAGAGCAGCAAGUUAACUGAGGAAAACAAUCAGGGAAAUAAGACUCUUCACAGCAGUGAAUAUGACACAGAACUCCAGCCUAUGACUAGAACCUGAGAUGGCAGUACUUGUAUGCAGAAAACUGAGACAAAAUCAAAUGAAGGUUACCAGUGGCUUGAAAGAAAUUAUCUCCCAAAUUGGUUUGUACCUUUUGCACUAGAAGAGAUUAUUAAAAGCAAUCUCCUUUUGUAGAGAAUUCCUCCAACACACAUGGUUUUAAUAAAAUAGUAUUUAAUUUUUUUUAAA